AUGGCGCUUGGAAUCCCCGCAGUCAUUAUAGCGGUGAUUGCCCUGGCAAUGGCGUUCAACGCGGGCGGGGAUGAUGUUGACGAUGGCACUGCGGAGUCUGUGCGCAGCGUCAUCGCAAGCGAAUCGGCGCAGAAUACCCGGAUAGAAUGGCUUACAACCCAAGUCGGCGACCUGCAGGUAGAAGUCGCCGACGCCCGCCAGCAGGAAGCUUCCGAUGCCGCGAAGUUGACCGCGGACGUGGACGAUCUCCGCAGCCUGGCUUCGCGGGAUGAUCGUUAUGACGACACCGAACUGAGGGCGGCAGUCAGGGACAACCAGUCCAACCUGGCCGAACUCAAUAGUCUCGUGGACAACGACGCCGGCAACAACGAGAACAUAAUUGGCAUCGCCGCAUCUCUCGCGGACAUACGUGACGCAAUCUCUGAUAGCGACGAGUCCACGGAAGCAAUCAACACCGAGUUAGGCGCACUCCGCGCCCAACUGAUGGAACUUCAGGGCGCAGUAUCAUCAGGCGGAUCAACGGAACUCGACGACGCCCUUUCGCGCCUGGACUGGCUGGAAAAAGCCGUCGCCCCCUCAUAUACGCAGGCUUACGUUGAAGAAGCGUUACGCCGCUACAACUCACAGGGACGCCAGGCGACGCUCGACCACUACAGCACUAUGGCGAGCGUAAACGGAGACCUGUACCUCUUCGUGCUGGACGAGAAUUAUGAGCUCAUAGUCCAUCCCACAGUCCCAGCCAAUAUCGGGAUGGACAUAAGGGGUCCACUUGGCACGGAUAUAACAGGCAAAAAUUUCGGCGCAGAAUUCGUAACAGUGGACGAGCAGGGCAAGUGGGUUGACUAUGUGUAUCUGAAUCCUGCCGACGAUUAUAACUACGAGCGUAAGCAUUCUUGGAUCGUUCGCCACGAAAACCUGAUAUUCGGCUCAGGCUGGUACGAGCGCGACGUGUCGUUGGAAGAUGACCCCUCGACGUAUGCGCGUUCGCUGGUUGACCGGGCUAUAACGCGCUAUAGUGCCGAGGGCAGCGACGCCACGAUCGACUACUACAACACGCCCGAAAGCGUGGACGGACAAUGGUAUGUCUUCAUCCUGCAGGCGGACGACCUUCGUACUCUUGCCAACGGCGCGCGCCCUGAGCUGGUGAAUAUAGACCCGCCGGAGAGGAUAGAUGCCACCGGCUACGCUUAUGGCGAGGCGUUCGCAACCGUAACCGACGAGGGCAGGUUGGUAUCUUAUGUCUUCGUAAAUCCCGCGACCGAUGCACUGGAGUCGAAGCAUACUUGGCUUAUGGAGCACGACGGCCUGCUCUUCGGCUCCGGCUGGUACACCGAACCCGCCGAGUACACCAAGUAUCUGGUGAACGGCGCGAUAAGCCGCUACAAGUCCGAUGGGCGCGACGCUACGAUCGCCUACUACAACACUGCGGACAGCGUUGAUGGUCAAUGGUACAUCUACAUCGUAGAUGAGGACGAUCUGGUCCUAUCCCACGCUCCGUCACCGUCAUUGGUGGGCACCACCGACAUCAAAGACCUCGUAGGUCCAGACGGCUAUGAGUGGGGCAAAGAGUUGGCGAAGGCGACACAGGCCGGACACUGGGUUGAAUACGCUUGGGUAAAUCCCGCAACCGACGCGGAGGAAACGAAGCGCUCCUGGGUUAUAAGGCACGACGGCUUGAUAUUCGGCUCCGGAUAUUACGGAGAGUAG